AUGUCUUGUAUUUUUGUAUUUCUCGGGCAAGCUGGAAAUCAAGUCGGGAACGAGUUUAUUAAAUUGCUGAAUGGAGAAAAGAUAUCUAAAAAGUCUAAGGGAUUUUUUGAUACCUAUUUCAAUACAACCUAUUCAAAGGCAAGGGUAGUAAUGGUUGAUGCCGAGCCAAAGGUUAUUAAAUCAAUUUUAGAUGAAGAAAAGAAAUCAAAAUUAUCAAUUUAUAAUCCAAAGAAUGUUGUAUACUCGGAGAGUGGAUGUGGUAAUAAUUGGGCUCUUGGAUAUAAUUUUAAAGGAAAAGUUAAGAAUUUGACUAGUAAUAUUGCUCUCUCUGAAACAGAAUCGCUAUUGGAGGAAACAAUGGAAAGAAUUAGAAGAGAAAUUGAGUGUUGUGACAUUGUGCAGUCAAUAUUCGUGUUUCACUCUAUGGGUGGAGGUACUGGUAGUGGUUUUGGAUCCAGAGUUGUUGAGGAAAUAAGGAACAAGUAUCCGAAUUAUUACGUUUUUACAGUUUCAAUUGCUCCAUUUCAACAUGGAGACACACCACUCCAACACUACAAUUGCCUGCUCACUUUGAAUCAUAUCCAUGAACAUUCUGAUGGUGUUUUCCUGUUUGUGAAUGAUGAUAUUCUGAGGUCAAUUACUAAAAAUGCAAAAAGAAAUAAUGCUGGUCACUCAACUUUAUUGGAUGUGAGCUAUUCAGUUUCAGAUAUUAAUAAGUACAUCUCGUCAUGCCUAUGUGGAAUGCUUCUUCCUAUAUAUAAUAAGGACUCCAAAUCACAUACUCCCUUCGAUGCUUUCUCACUUGUGAAUCAGGUUAUUCCCCUUAAGGAUACUAAUUUUGUGGAAUUACAUACCAGUGCUCUCAUCACCCAUAAUGCAGCACAAUUUACAUCAUGGCAAUAUAUUGCUGAAGAUUUGACUAAACAUGUCCCAAUUUAUGAUAUUGGACAUGCAAAUAUUAGAACAAUAUUCUCAAAGACAUUUAUAAGAGGUGGCUUACAAACAUCACACGAUCUGAAUAUUGUCAAAUCAGUACUUCAAAAGCAAGCAUUCUCUCCUGUGGAUUGGAUGUACGAUAGAAAGGAGGAAUUCAACAAUGUAGUUUCCAGUGAGGAAGCCCUCAAAAGUUACAAACUUCCAUACUCUCUAACUGUUUGUGCCAAUAGAACAAGUUUCAUGGAGCUUUUCAACAGGGUUUUGACCAAGUCAUACACCAUGUUACAAUCCGGAGCAUACAUUAAUUGGUAUGAAAGACAUGGAUUGGAAAGGGAAGAUUUUGAUAAUGCCAUUUGCAAUUUACAAAGUGUUGUUGAUCACUAUGUAGAAUUGAUGUAG